AGGCUCUAUAAGCCAACUCACCCCCAGCACUCACUUUCCUUCCUCUUUUCGCACCCCAAAAAAAGAAAUUCCAUUUAUUAAAAAUCUUACCUUUUUGCUCUCUCUCUAUUCCUCCAUCUCCGCCGUUCAAUCUGCCGCCUCAAAAUUCUCUCUCUUCUCCUCUUUCUUUAAUUCGCACCCAGUCUUUAUCCUUGUGCCACUAUUGGGAUGGUUCGGUCCAGAGACCAGAGUUUUUUUUAAGUGUAAAUUUGUUCAUGUUUGGUGUAUAAUAUAAUUCGAGUCGAAACUGUCGUUUUUCUUCUGAAUUCUCUUGAAUUUCGCCGGGGAGAUGAAGAAACUCUAUCUGGGUAUCUCUAGUUUGGCUUCAAGAUCUGUGGGUUUGUUGUUUUUUCUGUUUUUAGUUGCUGUGACGGCGAAGUCACAGUCGCCGGACGCCGGGGUAAUGCAGGAGUUGAAGAAGAGUAUCAACCCGCCGGCGUCGCUUAAGUGGGAUGACCCGGACCCGUGUAAGUGGAGGCAGGUGGAGUGCGCCGGCGACCGGGUUACGAAGAUCCAAGUUGGGAAACAAGGCCUCACCGGCUCUCUUCCGCCUAAUCUCGGAAACCUCUCCGCCUUAACGAUUUUCGAAGUGAUGGAGAAUGGGCUCACCGGAGCUCUGCCUAAUCUUUCCGGGUUAGCCUCGCUUCAGAGGAUCCUAUUGAACGGCAACGCCUUCACUUCAAUUCCCCCCAAUUUCUUCGCCGGUAUGACUUCCUUGGAAACGGUUUCUCUAGACAACAAUCCUUUUUCUCCUUGGCCGUUCCCGGAAAGCCUAAAGGACGCUUCACCUCUCCGGAGCUUCUCUGCUAUCAAUUGCAGCAUUUCCGGGACUAUGCCUGAUAUUUUCAUUUCCAGUAAUUUCCCUAGCUUAACAGAUCUGCGUCUCUCCUUCAAUUCUUUAUCUGGGCCGUUACCCCCUAGCUUUUCCGGCUCUUCUUUGCAGACUUUAUGGCUAAACGGUCAAAAGGGUGAUUCUUCUAGCCUAAAUGGCUCCAUAGCUGUUUUGCAAAACAUGACAGCUCUUACCCAAGUUUGGUUACACUCAAACUCAUUCUCCGGUCCAAUUCCAGACCUAUCCGGGCUCAAUUCCUUGCAAGAUUUCAGUGUGAGAGACAAUAGUCUUACCGGCCCGGUCCCGGAUUCAUUGACAAAGCUCAGUUCUUUGAAAGUUGUGAACUUGACUAAUAAUAUGCUUCAAGGGCCAACUCCCCAGUUUCCAGACACUGUUCAGGCUGAUGUUGUGGCCAACACUAAUAGUUUUUGUUUGUCUCAGGCAGGUAAAGGUUGUGACACAAAUGUUAACAUAUUGUUGGCUGUGGCUAAGGAUGUUGGAUACCCUAUCCAGUUCGCGAAGGAUUGGAAAGGCAACGAUCCUUGUACUCCGUGGAGGGGUAUAACGUGUGAUAAUGGAGGGAUUUCGGUUGUGAAUUUUCAGAAACUGGGGCUUACAGGGACGAUUUCGCCUAACUUUUCAUCUAUCACGACGCUGCAGAGGCUGAUUCUGUCGAAUAAUGAUCUCACUGGGAAUAUUCCUGAGCAGCUUACCUCCUUGAAUCAGCUUAAGUUAUUGGAUGUUUCGAAUAAUCAGCUGUAUGGUAAAGUCCCGACGUUUAAUAGUAAUGUGAAAGUGAUAACAGAUGGAAAUGUCAAUAUAGGUAAAGACGGUCCUCCUCCCGUGGUACCAUCUCCCGGUGGUACUCCUAAUUCUCCCGGUGGAGGUGGAGGAACAUCGGGAGGAGGGGGCGGUGGUAAGAAAUCCUCGACUGGAGCGAUUGUUGGCGUGGUGGUUGGUGGUGCGUGUGGUGUAGCUGCUUUGGCUGGGCUGUUUGUCUUUUGCUUGUAUCGAACGAAGAGGAAGCGGUCGGGUAGAGUGCAGAGUCCACAUACGAUGGUUAUUCAUCCUCGCCAUUCAGGGUCAGAACAUGAUGCUGUUAAGAUUACAAUUGCUGGCUCGAGUGCUACUGGAGGAAUAAGCGAAACUUAUAGCCAUGGAAGUAGUGGACCUAGCGAUGUUCAUAUUAUUGAGUCGGGCAGCAUGAUGAUCUCGAUUCAGGUUUUGAAGAAUGUUACUAACAACUUCAGUGAAGAUAAUAUACUUGGAAGAGGUGGAUUCGGUACUGUUUAUGGCGGUGAAUUACAUGAUGGAACAAAAAUUGCUGUUAAGAGGAUGGAAUCCGGGGUGAUGGGCGAUAAGGGUUUGGACGAGUUCAAAUCCGAGAUUGCUGUCCUUACAAAAGUGCGCCAUAGGCAUUUGGUUGCGCUUCUCGGUUAUUGCUUGGAUGGAAACGAGAAGCUCCUUGUCUACGAGUACAUGCCUCAGGGGACACUUAGCCGGUAUCUCUUUGACUGGAAAAAAGAAGGAUUGAAACCGCUCGAAUGGAUGAAAAGGAUAACAAUUGCACUCGAUGUGGCUAGAGGUGUCGAAUAUUUGCACGGCUUAGCCCAACAAAGCUUCAUUCAUAGAGAUCUUAAGCCAUCGAAUAUUCUUCUGGGAGACGAUAUGAGGGCUAAAGUUGCUGAUUUUGGACUCGUUCGACUCGCUCCUGAUGGGAAAGCUUCAAUUGUUACAAGGUUAGCUGGAACCUUUGGUUAUCUUGCACCAGAAUAUGCUGUUACGGGCCGAGUAACUACCAAAAUUGACGUAUUUAGCUUUGGAGUCAUCCUGAUGGAGAUAAUUACCGGAAGGAAAGCUCUAGAUGAAACUCAGCCCGAGGAGAGCAUGCAUCUUGUACCAUGGUUCCGAAGAAUGUGGGUCGACGAGGAACAAUUUAGAAAGGCAAUUGACCCUACAAUUGAUCUAAAUGAAGAAACCCUAGCCAGUGUACGAACCGUUGCUGAGUUGGCUGGUCACUGCUGCGCGAGGGAUCCCCAUCAGAGACCUGAUAUGGGGCACGCGGUCAAUGUUCUUUCGUCUCUUGCUGAGCUCUGGAAACCCUCGGAGCCCAACGAGGAUGACAUAUAUGGAAUCGACUUUUUCCUCAGCUUGCCCCAGGCAGUUAAGAAGUGGCAGGCUCUCGAGGAAUCCAGUGGCUUCGAUGCAUCUUCUUAUCCCGGCAGCAGUGACAAUACCCAGACGAGUAUACCCACACGCCCGUCUGGAUUUGCAGAUUCGUUCACAUCAGCAGACGGGCGGUGAGGACUGUUCGUGCAGAACCGGGCUGGGCAUCGGGAUUUGCCAUCAAGUGGAUGGCAACAACUUAGGAGGUUGGUUCAUUUAUUCUUUCUGUUACUCCCUGAUGCAUCUUUCUCCCCUGAAUUGAAUUUCCUUGUCUAUUCUACGAUGAAGGUUCGUUUGAUUGUAGCUUGACAGUGUUAAUUAUAACCAUGUACUUUUUGUCUUUUAGAAGUCCUUCCUAAACUAUGAUGUUUGAUAUCUGCAUCUUGGUAUUAAUUUCUUAUAGCAUUUCAAUACUA